AUUGAUAUGUGUGAGAUGAUCAUGUGCUUGAAGAAAGCAACGCUGCACAUAGACUUGAUGUCUUCCUCUGUGUCUGCAGGGAACUGGACGGGUAAAUGCGCCUUCAAGCUGAAGUUCAUGAAGGGCGGCGCCAUCGAGUUUGGCCAGGCCAUGAUGGAGGCCGGCAAGAUCGCGUCGCAGCAUGCGGCUGGAAUGGCUCCUCCGCCAUACUUCCCGCCUCCGGGUCCGUACUACUGCCCACCUCCGCCUGCAUACACGCCAGGACAGGGUGUCGACUACGGCUUCAACGUACCCUACAACGUGUUUCCCGAUGCACCUCCAGCCAACUCGGUGUUCAUGAGCGACAUGCCACCCCCGUACCCGGGCGUCAAUGGUCCCCCCCAGUACUACCCUGGCGGCUACCCAGCAGGAGCACCCCCGAGCUACCCUAACGGAGCGGUGCCACCCAACGUUCCCGCACCUGCGCCAGGUUUCAACGUGCCCCAGGCUGCCGGCUACUCCGGACCCCCUCCCGCCCAGCCGGCUGGACCAUACCAGUCGGCAUCAGCCAUGGCCAAGGCGGCUGAGGCAUCGCAGAGCUCGGCUUACUAUAACCCGGCCAACCCGGGUUACAUGUAUGUGCCGGCCGCACCCCCGCCAUCCUUUGACCAGGCCAACGCCAGUGCACCACCGCAGCCGGAAGGACCACCACCGCCUUACUCCGAGGGUUCCAAGAAGACAAACUGAGCAUGAGUAAAUGAACAGACAAGAUAGACACGUCGGUGCUUGUAACUUGGCCGCUUCUAAGUUUCCCACAUGCAUUAGCAGAUCCUUGUCCCAGUAGAUUGCGUUAGUAGCCAUCUCUGCUCCUUUAGUGAACCUCCCUUCCUCACCCAUCUAGGACAUUGCCUCUGCGCAAAAUAAGGUGGACCAGUUUUCUCGUUUUUUGUUGGACCCGAAAUCUGAAAUGCACGCUACAUGCAUAACAAGGUUCUCUCCCCUCCUACCCCCCCCCCUCCCUCCCAUUUUCAAAAGAAAAAAAAUGAAAGAAAGGACUUAAAGCAAACAUCCGAGGUGGGGAACCAUAUACCGAUAAUAUGCAGAGCAAGCUAUGCUUGCAGGUAGACCAGUUCUUGCUAGGCUCAUUUGCAACACUUUGCGUCUCGUAUGACAUGACUGACAAAAUGUUGCAUAUUGGUGUACUGUUUCUGGUCAUGUUUAACACUUUGUACAUGGUUGUAUGGUUUUAUGUAAUAAAGAUGUUUAUCAUAGUUCCA